AUGGAAUUGAGGAAGCGCGGUAAAAUUUUGGCAUUGACAAGCCAUCUUAACGCCCAUAUUGGCCACCUCGAGAGAAUCUCGGAAGAACAAGGUCGAAUGACACCUUCCGACUCGUCAAAGCUGCAGCAAUACUCUCGGGACAUUGUACAAGUGUCCAGGGACUACUGCGAACACAUUCAGCGGCUCCAGAACCUGGAGAGAACCAAGCCACCCGGCAAGCUGGCCAGUGAAUUCCUCUUAAAACGAGAGUGCAGGCCGCAUGCCCGUUGGAAGCUCGAAAAGAUCGCUUCUCAGCUUCGUUGGGGAUGUUGCCUUCGCCAAUGUCGCUGCUGCGAGAGAUGGAGUGCGAUUCAGAUUGAUACUGGAAGCGCCAAGACCAUGCACUUUGACAACGACUGUGAUUGCUGUGCACGAUACAAUAAGCCUAUUGCAACUACGCCCGUUCCGGCUACUACUCUUGCGACGACGUCUAUUGCGACUACUUGUGUGGCAUGA